AUGGUACGAGUAGUUGGAAGGGGAUCUGAUGCAAAGUCUUCCACCCGCAACACUCUGCAGAAGCGGUUAUCCUACCAAGUGGUGCCUAUUACGAGAAAUGACCCUACAGACGGAUUUGACUUCGUCGUGAACCCAGAAACUGGAUCGAGUCCCAAUGGAUGGGUUUACUCGACUAAUACCUCUGGAAACAAUGCAUUGGCAUUCAAAGGAGCUCAAACGAACGUGGCAGUUGAAACUAGCCCCGGUAUCUUUGCAUAUUACCACGAUGAGACCACAUCACCAGCGACGCCACAGAAUCUCGGCGCGGCCAUAACGAACGCAUUCUAUGUUGUGAAUACCUUGCAUGAUAUUUUCUAUAUUUACGGCUUUACUGAAGCAGCAUUCAACUUCCAAGACGAUAAUUUUGGGAAGGGAGGGCAGGGAAACGACCGCGUCACUAUUUCGGUACAGGACGAUCAUGAUACCAAUAAAGUCAAUUUCUACGCACCACCAGAUGGGAAAAAUGGCGAAAUGCAGCUUUCCCUCUUUGACUACACUAGUCCAGACCGUGAUAGUGCAUUGGAAGACGACCUAAUUGCCAGCUUAUACGCACAAGGCAUGGCAAAUCGCCUCACCGGUGGAGGGUCCGCAGCCUGCUUCGCCAGUUCAACAUCGUCGGGCUUGCUGGUGGGUUGGGGAGAUGCUGUGGCGGAUUGGGUUGAACAAAUGGACUCUGUACAGGACUUAGUUCUGGGCGCCUAUGUGAUGAAUAACACCGUCGGAAUACGACGUUAUCCAUACUCACGGGAUACGAGUGUCAACCCGCUUACAUACACGGACGGGCCACCCUCAGCAGCGCGCGAUGACAUCGGAGAAGUAUGGGCGAAUAUGCUGCACAACGUUUUAGCAUCCCUGGUGGAUAACCGUGGCUGGAGUUCUAGUUUCCUAACCGACUCAACUGGAGAUAGCGGCAAUGUUGUGUAUAUGCAUUUGCUUGUGGACGGCUUGUCCAUACAGCCCUGCGAACCCACCUUCAUUACUGCACGCGAUGCCAUUAUACAAGCCGACCACAACAGAUAUAGCGGGGAGAACUAUUGCAUACUCUGGCGAACUUUUGCUAGUAGGGGACUGGGAUUUGGCGCCCAGGAGGAUAAUGUUAACGAGUAUUCGGUUCCACCAGGCUGCUAG